CUGCGCUGCGCCUAUGGAAUGUAGGAGCCCCGACGGGGCGGGUGGCACGUGCCUUGCAGGGCGCCGGGGUCUCUUGGUGGCGCGGUUGCGGCCCACCGGGACAUUGGUCAGGGGCCCCCUGGUGCCUGAGCCCAGAGCAGCUCAGAGCUGGCUGCCUCUGCCCGACCCCGCGGCCCUGGUGUGGUCGGCGACCUCAGCCCAUGGUUCACCCCCGGGUUGGAUGCCACAAUUUCCGCGUCCGGCCACACUGGGCGUCAGAGGAGGGGUGCACGCGGAGAAAACCCUGCACAGAUCCCGAUGCUCCCUUCGGAUUCUAGGAGAUCAAGGAGAUCUGGGUUUGGAGAGUGGCAGAAGUCCGAAGACAGGAAAAUUAUUGCUCCCCAAACCCUAAGAAGCCAUCCCGGAGGCUUUCUGGGCUGCCUGGGGUCCCUGUGGCUGAGAGGGACUGUGCACCUGCUGCUCUGUGCUGACAACCUCAGGCUCCUCUGCUGGGAUUGUAUCACUUGCAGCCCAAGCAGCCAGGGGAUACUGACUGCUAAAAGGCGACAGGAGUCUGAGAAAUCCAGGCCCCCGGGAGCCUCUUCCUUUUGCCGGCUGCUUUGGGAGUACAGUGCUCCCAGGGUGUCGCACGCCUCACGGGUCUGCAGGGAAACACCCUCUCUGCAUUUUUCUCUUGACUCUAGGUCUGCUCCCACCCCUUAUUACCUGUGCCCUUCCUCCUCACAGAUAUAAACAGUUCUCUUGCCUCCCCACCCAUGCUGGCUGACUUUCCUAAGGC